UGUGUGAGGAGCUCACAAAUCCUAGAAAGAUUUGGACAUCGUCCCAUCGGUGAGCUCCUUCGGCAGGCAAGGCUGCAUUGGCUGGGCCAUGUAGCCCGCAUGCCCAAUCACCGCAUGCCCAAACAGCUUUUGUUCGGCCGGAUUGAGGGGGCUAAACGGGCACGGCACGGGCUAGAGAAGAGAUGGAGUGAUGUGGUACAGGAGGAUGUGGAGCUGAGUGGACUUGCCGAUGACUGGUACCAGCGGUGUCAAGAUCGGCCUCUGUGGAGGAGGCUCGUGAAAGACGCUGCUGGGCAGUUGGAGGCAGUCGCCCUCCAACAACAACAGAGGGCGUAGGAGCGACGCUCACAACAACGAGCGGAGCGCCGGGUGGCUAAAGCACAGCAAGUUGGCACAGUAGGGGGCACAGGUGGUGCAUCAGCCAGUCAUCUCAGUCAGUCGACCUGUGGCACCUGGGUCUGUCCCGUGACCUCCUGCCAGCGGGCGUUCGACACUUCACGUGGUCUCAAGGUCAACUCGGCCUCAAAUGUGUACCCGGUACGGUGUGUAAACAUCGCGAAAUGGGAGACAAAGGCGGACGUGCGUGGUGCUGGCCACCUAACAGUCUGCUCAAGGCUAUACGGGGGAUUUUUCCACGUGAGUAUCUGUGUGUGCGUGACUAGCUGUGUGAGUGAGUGUCCUACGUAUAUAAGUACCCAUGGGGGUGAUUAGCUGUGUGAGCCAGUAUCUGUGCGAGUGUCCGUGUUACUGAGUACCCAUGAUAAUGAGCGAGUGCUCGUAAGCGAGCACACUGGCGGCGCAUCUCACCGCUGCCCGCCGGGGGUGUCGGUGCGGCGUCUCCGCCCCGCGUGGCGGCUCCCGGCCGCUGGUGCGCUCCGUGAGGGGAGAGGAGACACGACCGGACUUCUCCGGGCUCGCCACGGACACCACCGCUGCUCUCGUUCGGGACUAGCGCCAGCGCCACCUCCCGUGCCGCUCAAGCUCCCGCAGGAGGACGAGGAGAUGAGGAGGAGGAGGAGUAUCCGCCACUCUCCCUGGCACACAACGACAGAGAUCCCCGUACAGCCUGUACCUGCCGUUGGGGCAAGUUCCGUUAUCGAGUACCGUAGUUCCUACGAGUGCCGCGUGCGCGUGCCCAGACACGCACGGCACCCGCGCAGACCGCAGGCAUCUCGCACGGCGCUGCCAGCCGCGGUGACGGGGUGGUGCGAGCGAGUCGAGCGAACAUUUGACCUCGGUGGGAUCACUGUAUAGUCUUUGAACCCCGGUGCAUGAAUUGUACAACAGUAAUAUCAGAAUCAGAAUCUUUAUUUAUCCUGAGCUAUUAAGUUAUUUUUCACAGAGGUCCAAUAAUAAACGAACCCUGGGGGUCAGGGUUCGCUGUGAGCUGUCCGCCCAGGUGCCCCCCGCACUGGCGGCUGUCUCUGUGAAGGUGCAAGAGACAAGACGGGCAACCCCCCCACCACCAUCGCUGCAGCUCGGGCAGAGGCCAAGCAGGCCUCAGCCUGGCCGGUGCGCGGACGGACGUCCACUGCCACUGCCGUGCGUGAAGCAGGUGCCGUAGGCCCCCCAUGUUCACCAAUUGCAUUGACCAGCGUGGUGAAGUAUGGUCAAAUGACCCCCACGACCUGCACGGUAUGUGGAGUGACACAAGUGCCGCGCUGUGUGUGGGGCUGCUGUGCUGUUUGUGUCUGCUGUGUGUGUUGUGCUGUGUGUGGGGCUGCUGUGCUGUAUGUGUCUGCUGUGUGUGCUGUGCUGUGUGUGGGGCUGCUGUGCUGUGUGUCUGCUGUGUGUGUUGUGCUGUGUGUGGGGCUGCUGUGCUGUAUGUAUCUGCUGUGUGUGUUGUGCUGUGUGUGGGGCUGCUGUGCUGUGUGUGUCUGCUGUGUGUGUUGUGCUGUGUGUGGGGCUGCUGUGCCAUAUGUUGCGCUGUGUGUGGAGCUGCUGUGUGUGUGUUGUGCUGUGUGUGGAGCUGCUGUGUGUGUGUUGUGCUGUGUGUGGGGCUGCUGUGCUGUGUGUGUCUGCUGUGUGUGUUGUGCUGUGUGUGGAGCUGCUGUGUGUGUGUUGUGCUGUGUGUGUCUGCUGUGUGUGUUGUGCUGUGUGUGGGGCUGCUGUGCCAUGUGUUGCGCUGUGUGUUGUGCUGUGUGUGGAGCUGCUGUGUGUGUGUUGUGCUGUGUGUGGCUGCUGUGUGUGUGUUGUGCUGUGUGUGUGUUGUGCUGUGUGUGUGGCUGUGUGUGUGUGCUGUGUGUGGAGCUGCUGUGUGUGUGUUGUGCUGUGUGUGGAGCUGCUGUGUGUGUGUUGUGCUGUGUGUGUGUGCUGUGUGUGGAGCUGCUAUGUGUGUGUUGUGCUGUGUGUGUGUGCUGUGUGUGGGGCUGCUGUGCCGUGUGUUGUGCCGUGUGUUGUGCUGUGUGUGUUGUGCCGUGUGUUGUGCUGUGUGUGUGGCUGUGUGUGUGUGGCUGCUGUGCCGUGUUGUGCCGUGUGUUGUGCCGUGUGUGUGUCUGCUGUGCCGUGUGUUGUGCCGUGUGUGUUGUGCCGUGUGUGCGUUGUGCCGUGUGUGCGUUGUGCCGUGUGUGCGUUGUGCCGUGUGUGCGUUGUGCCGUGUGUGCGUUGUGCCGUGUGUGCGUUGUGCUGUGUGUGUUGUGCUGUGUGUGUUGUGCUGUGUGCGUUGUGCCGUGUGUGUGCGUUGUGCCGUGUGUGUGUGUUGUGCCGUGUGUGUUGUGCUGUGCCGUGUGUGUGUGUUGUGCCGUGUGUGUGUUGUGCUGUGUGCGUUGUGCCGUGUGUGUGUGUCUGCGUUGUGCGCUCUGCUGCUCGCUGCGAGUGUUGCUGCGCUCCCAGAAUAGCCUCCCGCGCGCGUGCGUCGGCUUCUAUUUCUGACAGCAGCAGCUGCUGCCUUGACCCCCCCCCCCAGCCUCGGGCCCCCCAACUCUGCCUCACGGCCUCCACUGCCGACUGGAGCUCCGGGCCUGCGGCCGCGAGUCUGCACCAUGGCCGGGUUUCCCCUCCUAACCGCCGCGCUGGCCACAGUUCUGCUGGUGGCUUGCAGCCUGCCGAGCGGAGCCGCGGGCGACCAGAACGUCUACCUGUCACCGGACACCCUCUUCGUGCACUUCCUCAACCGCGAGUACUUCGCCGAGUUCUUCCAGGGACGCCGAGAUGACCCCAUGACCUUUAACUUGAACUUGGAGGGUCACCCCGACCUGCCCGGCUGGCUGCGCUACCUGCAGAGGUCACCGUAUGAGAACGGGCUCCUGUACGGCACAGCCAGCGCACGGCACGAAGGCAAGAGUGUGAUCCAGGUGGUUGCCUGUAACCGCCGCACGUUCCAAGUGGUGAAGCAACGACUCAUACUCCACAUCCAUGCAGUGCCAGACAACGAGGUGCCGUUCCGCUUCGAGCUGUUCCUGUCCAACGUGGAUGUGGACGACCUGCUGCGCCCGGACGUGAGGGCCAGCUUCGAGGAGCUGGCCCGCACCGCCUGGGGGGCCCAGCCACCCCCCCAAGCCUUCCGCCUCGUCAACGUCACGUCGGCGCUGGAGAGGGGGGGCCGCGUGCCCCUCCCCAUCCGGGGCCUCAAGGAGGGCGUGUACGUCCAGGUGGGCGCGGACGCCGCGUCCCCGCGCCUGCUCGACGCCGUGCGCCGGGCCGCCUCCUCGUGCGACCAGCGCCAUGCGCCCGCGCCGCCCACUCACAGCAUCUUCUACCCGCGCUUCCGCAGCGACUGGUGCCGGCUCCGGCUGCUGAACGCGUCGGGGCCCCCGGAGGCCGGGGACGAGGCCCCGGGAGGCAGCGGGGUCCUCGACGCCUGGGGCCCGGCGUGGGCGCCGCCCCCGUCGGACCUGCCGCCGCGCGACUUCUCGGCCGCGUACGCCUUGGCCGUCGCACUGCCGCUGGUUCUCGCGGUCCUUUUCAUCGCCGUCCUCACCUACGUCAUGUGCUGCCGCCGCGAGGGCCUGGAGAAGAGAGACACAGCUACUCCUGAGAUGCAGCUGGUGCACCACCGCUCGAUCCGCGAGACGGUGCGAGAGCUGCGCGACCUGGCGCUGCGCCGCGACGUGCGACCGCUCUCUACGCUGCCCAUGUUUAACCCCCGUGGGGGGGGGGCCCUCCCCAGCCGGGGACCGGACGGGGACACCGGCACCACGAGGCUCAUCGGGGCCGAGCAGACCCCACCAAGUGAGCGACCUUCCCGACCGCCUCCCUACCAGGGCAGGCCCCACGCGCGUCAGGAGACCAGCUUCACGGACUCCCCGCGGAGCUGAUGACGAGGGCUCGGCGAGGACGUCGCCCACGCACGCGCAUCGUUGGAGGCUCCUGUCGCCUUUGGCGUCUGCGGUGCGGAGGUGUCUUCCUGGGACGGCCCGGGUCUGGCUCGCACGCCAGCGGCACCGUGCGGGCGCCGAGUGGUAAAACCCACGCCUACAGUUUUACCGAAAAG